GGGCUGGGUGGAGGAGGAGAGGAAGAGCUGCCGGAAGUAGGCGGCGGAGGUGGUGGCCGAGCAGGCGGCAGCUGCCAGGGAAACCGAGGCGCGGGACGCACGGCCCGCAGACAGGCAGGCCGGGGGGUCGUCGCUGCGCCCGGCACGCGGGAGGCCCGAGCGCCCCCCUUGCCUGGGCUGAGGGUCUCUGCCUGGUCCCACAGCCUCGUCGGGACUCGGGCCUUUCCCUAAGCCCGCCAGGGGGCGCCGCGCUGAGGGGCUGCAGAGUAGGGGGCAGGCGCGGCUGACCUGAGAAGGGGCGCCGGGCCGGGCCGGGGGAGAGGGCUCUCCCCCGCUCAGGAGGUGCCCCUGGGCGGGGAGCUGGGAGUCCUCACCUCCGGGCUGAGGUAGGGGUUUCUGGGGGCGAGGAGGGCGCGUCGCUCUCUGCCCCCGCCGGCACUCUGGCCAUGACGGGCAAAUCGGUGAAGGACGUGGAUCGGUACCAGGCGGUCCUGGCCAACCUGCUUUUGGAGGAGGAUAACAAGUUUUGUGCGGACUGCCAGUCUAAAGGGCCACGAUGGGCCUCCUGGAACAUUGGUGUGUUCAUCUGCAUUCGAUGUGCUGGAAUCCACAGGAAUCUCGGGGUGCACAUAUCCAGGGUAAAAUCAGUUAACCUCGACCAGUGGACUCAAGAACAGAUUCAGUGCAUGCAGGAGAUGGGGAAUGGAAAGGCAAACCGACUUUAUGAAGCCUACCUUCCUGAGACCUUUCGGCGACCUCAAAUAGACCCGGCUGUUGAAGGAUUUAUUCGAGAUAAAUAUGAGAAGAAGAAAUACAUGGACCGAAGUCUGGACAUCAAUGCUUUUAGGAAAGAAAAAGAUGACAAGUGGAAAAGAGGGAGCGAACCAGCUUCAGAGAAAAAAAUGGAACCUGUUGUUUUUGAGAAAGUUAAAAUGCCACAGAAAAAGGAAGAUCCACAGCUACCUCGGAAAAGCUCCCCGAAAUCCACAGCCCCUGUCAUGGACUUGUUGGGCCUUGAUGCUCCUGUGUCCUGCUCCACUGCAAACAGUAAGACCAGCAACACCCUAGAGAAGGAUUUAGACCUCUUGGCCUCUGUUCCAUCUCCCUCUUCUUCGGUUUCCAGAAAGGUUGUAGGUUCCAUGCCAACUGCAGGGAGUGCCGGCUCCGUUCCUGAAAACCUGAACCUAUUUCCAGAGCCAGGGAGCAAAUCUGAAGAAACAGGCAAGAAACAGCUCUCUAAAGAUUCCAUCCUUUCACUGUAUGGAUCCCAGACGCCUCAGAUGCCUGCCCAAGCAAUGUUCAUGGCUCCUGCUCAGAUGGCGUAUCCCACAGCCUACCCCAGCUUCCCUGGAGUUCCCCCUCCUAGCAGCAUCAUGGGGAGCAUGAUGCCCCCCACAGUGGGCAUGGUGGCCCAGCCAGGAGCUUCUGGGAUGGUUGCCCCCAUGGCCAUGCCUGCAGGCUACAUGGGCGGCAUGCAGGCGUCCAUGAUGGGUGUGCCAAAUGGGAUGAUGACCACCCCGCAGGCCGGCUACAUGGCAGGCAUGGCAGCUCUGCCCCCGACGAUGUACGGGGUCCAGCCGGCUCAGCAGCUGCAGUGGAACCUCACUCAGAUGACCCAGCAGAUGGCUGGGAUGAACUUCUGUGGAGCCAAUGGCGUGCUGAGCUAUGGACAGUCGAUGAAUGGUGGAAGCGGACAGGCAGCAAGUCAGACUCUCAGCCCUCAGAUGUGGAAAUAAAAACAAAACACCUGUAUGACUCCCACUCCCCUCGGCCCCCUCCCUCCCCGGUUUUCCUCUUUCCCCAACUCCUCCCACCCCACCCCCUGCCCUACCCUUCUCUGUUCGGUUUAGAAAUUGCUCAGUCCAUCAUUUGGGGGUUGGCAUUCUGCCCAGCCCAGGCAUGUCCCAGACACGCAGCCCUCUCUGUUGCUUUAUGUUGUUGUUCAUGUCCCCUCGCCGCCCUGACUUCCCCCCAGCCUCAGCCCUGGUCCUCUCCUGGCAUCAGCACCUUAGGAAUUGUUGACAGAAGGCACUUAAGACUGCAGGAUAAACGUGCACACCUUUGAGCACCUUUCCCACAGGGUUAAACCUCCUUUCAGACUCAGAAAGUUCUGUAGGGGUUGUGUCUUAGGCACAGAAGGGAGGGUUUAGAGGUCCUUCUAUAUGUGUUGAUAAGCUAUUUCUCUGUGUUUAAAUUUUGGGAUGAAAAGGAAGGCAUCGUGCUCCCUUGAUUUAUAGGAAUGAAGAAAGUACUGAAAUAAAAUUAAAUACUCCUUAGGUCUUAGAUCACAUUGGCCCUAGCCCUGGGGUGAGGCAAACCUCUUCCUAUGAGAAUGAGCAAAAAUCUGACUCUACUGUGUCCUCAUUGCUUUCUGGAUCUGAGACUUCAGAACUUGCUGCUUCAGUCAGCCUUUAUUAGCACCAAAGACUCUACGAAGGGCCCCCACAAAAACACCCCUUUCCCCAUCUCAAUCCUGCCUUCAGUAGGAUCUGGCUUUGCAGCUGGAAGACCAGCCCCUCCAGUGGGAAUGCAGAGCUUAACAUGUGUACUAGCGUGUGUGUGUGUGUGUGUGUGUGUGUGUGUGUGUUCGUUCCCCGCCUCCCAUUCUCUCCCCAUCUGCUCUGGGUAUUUUUGUUUUUGUUUUUGUUUUAGCUUUAGGUUUACAACAGAGAGGAGUUAAUUUAUCAACAGCCUAAAACUGUUGCCAGUUUUUUGUAUAGUCUAAAAAAAUUACAGUCUCAUGGGUAGCUCCCUUCCUCCUUUCCCCUCUCCAUCCCACCAGUCACUCUUUCAUGCCUGUGUGUCCAGGCUACCCUGUGUCCCCACCUGUUCCAGGUGUGUGAGGCAGAGUGUCUGGGCAGCUUUCCUCUCAGCCACUGUUCACCCCACUCGAAAAUUAAAACAAGAAAACUUUGCUUAAAAGAUUUCAUCUGUGGGAACCACAAUUCCUGGUUGCCUUUCUCCUGUGUAUGUGUAAAUUCCUUAAUAAAUAUCGCAGGGAAGGACGGCUCUCACUGUGUGUCACUCUUGGAGGUGGGUGAGUUCUACCCAGGUUCUCUGCUUUCCAGGGGAAGUUCCCGCACUUUCUGUAUUUUAAGAAACUUUGUACAGGGGCCCAGGGCCAGGCCCAGACUCAGGCAGUCAGGAAGGGGGCCUUUGUCCUGUGGUGUCUGAGUUGUGAGGUAUCUGUGCCUGCUAGAGUCCUGGAACACCAGAACUAGGAGCACCCCUUUCCUCUCCCAGCUAGAGAAGCUGAGAGCCCCCCUCCCCACCUUCCUUCCUCUGAGUACCCCUUGAGAAUCCUUUCAGGUGUAAGUGAGAGGAUAGCACAGUGGCUAAGAAAGUCAGCUCUGGAUCAGGCUGCCAGUGUUCAUAUCCCUUCUUACUCUGUGACCUGGGCAAACUAUGUCUCUGUAAGAUGGGAUUCCUGGUAAUACUUAAGGUAGGGUGAAGCAAUUCCUGUGGGGCACAGUAUUGGGCACUUUGCACUCGAAUGUUAGCAAGUAUUGUGUGCCAGACCUAUGUUAGGCAUUAAUUCACUCAAAUGUUUAAUAAGUGCUUACAAUGUCUUAGGCUCUGGAGUAAAGCAGUGAGUCAAAACUCCCUGAUCUCGUGGAACAGUGUGGUAGGAGAGAUGGACAAUAAAUAAGUAAAUAAAUUAUUUAAUUUCAGAUAGUAAUAAUACAAGGUAAGACAAAUUUAGGGGAGAGGGUGGGACCUCUUGGUUGGAGGGGGACCGUUUGGAUGGAGUAGUCAGAAGCAGAUUACAGUUGAGCUGAGACCUGAAUAAGGAGCCAGUUGUGUGGAGAUCUGGAAAAAGCAGAACAGAGGUAGGUGUCUGCGUGCGGAAUUGUUUGGUGGAGGUGUUGGUUUGGGAGUCAUGAGGAUGUGGAUGGUGUGUAAAGCUGUGAGACUGGAUGAAGUCACCUAAGGAGAAAG